AUGAUGUUAGCCGAAAUGAUGCACGGCGACCAACUGUCGCUUCUAAAGCACGAAGAAGGGAUGCAACCGAUGGUUCCCGAAGGGUAGCCUACCGUAAUCCCUCUCACCGCCCUUUAAACGUUUUCAGUUCUAACCUGUACUGGUCCUCACUAAAUGUGACGGGUCCGGAGACGAAAUCCACCAGUUUCCUGGAGCGUUGGAGGAAUAAAAGGCCGCGAAAAGUGAAGGAGAUUCUUCACAACGUGUCCGGAAUGGCCGAAUCCGGACGGCUUCUGGCUAUUAUGGGCUCGAGCGGAGCCGGAAAGACCACGUUGCUCAAUGUGCUCACCUCGAGGAACCUCAUGAAUCUGGACGUUCAGGGCUCGAUUUUGAUUGACGGAAAACGGGCGAACAAGUGGAAAAUUCGAGAGGUAAACUCUAGUUGCUUCGACUUUAGUGGCCCGACUUUAUCCUCUCUUCCAGAUGUCCGCGUUCGUGCAGCAACACGACAUGUUCGUGGGCACUAUGACCGCCCGCGAACACCUUCAGUUCAUGGCCCGUCUUCGGAUGGGCGAUCACUAUACGAAGCACGAACGGCGCGUCCGAGUGGAGCACGUGCUCACUCAGAUGGGACUGCAAAAGUGUGCGGACACGGUCAUCGGAAUACCGAACGAGCUGAAGGGACUGUCGUGCGGCGAGAAGAAGCGACUCUCGUUCGCUUCCGAAAUUCUCACUUGUCCGAAAAUUUUGUUUUGUGACGAGCCGACGUCCGGGUUGGACGCGUUCAUGGCCGGUCAGUUUGUGCCGUUGUCUCCAUUUGCUCUUAGCCCCGCCCAUGUUUCAGGCCACGUAGUCCAGGCUCUCCGCCGUUUGGCCGACAACGGAAUGACCGUGAUCAUCACGAUUCAUCAGCCGAGCAGUCAGGUCUAUUCACUUUUUCACAAGUGAGUUUUAUAGUGCUUCGCUCCCGCCCCCGCCCCCACAAUAGUCGCAUUUCAUUUCCAGUGUGUGCCUGAUGGCGUGUGGUCGUGUAAUCUAUUUGGGACCGGGCGAUCAGGCGGUCCCUCUGUUCCAAAAGUGCGGCUAUCCGUGUCCGGCCUACUACAACCCGGCGGAUCAUUUGAUCCGAACGUUGGCAGUGAUUGACAGCGAUCGGGCGACCUCUAUGAAGACCAUUUCGGUUCGUGCUUAUCGAUUGAUCACGGCGACCAAAAGUGUAGAAAGGGGGGCGUGGCCUAAUCUGAGACGCGUUUUCUGAAAAUUGUCGCAAUUCCAGCACACUUUUCCGAUAUUUUUUAGGUGAUAUCGACUAAAAAAGAGACAUUAAACAGAGAAAACGAUGAAAUUUUCGUGAAAACGCCGCGUUUGAGACGUUUUUGGCAUAUUUCGCAAUUUCGGAAUUUUCAUACCGGCCGAUGUGGAUAGUUUUGAGACGAAAUGAGUGUCGGAAGUGAUUAAGCACGUUAAUACAAGUAUUUUAAGCGUUCAAACGGAAAAAAUUAACGGCGAAUGACUGAAAUUCGCGCAUUUUCAGCACAAAACUUGAAAAUCGAUUCAAUUAAUUCAUUUCUGAAUGAAACCUGCUCGUUUUAAGCUCAAAAAGUGCGCGCGAUGAUUAGUUUAACAAAGUUAUGCAAUUACAUCGUCGAAAUCGCACAAAAUUUGGGUAAUUUUUGACGAAAAACAUGAAAAAAAUGGGGUUAAAUUUCGAAUUUCGCGCCAAACUGCACUGAGUUUAUCAUUGGAGCGCACUUGCAGCGCACGCGCGGGAGUUGAAAAAUAAUAAAUUUUCGGGUUUUUUUUGGUCGCCGUGAAAUAUCACGUACACUUUUGGGAUACUUGAAUUAUAGAAAAUCCGUCAAGGAUUCCUGUCGACAGACCUCGGACAGUCCGUUUUGGCGAUCGGAAACGCGAGUAAACUGCGCGCCAACUCGUACGCGACGAGUGAUACGUGUUCCGAAAAAACCAAGACAUUUUUCAAUCAAGAGUGAGUAUAUACCUACAUAUAUAUAUAUGUAUAACUACAGUAAUCCGCAAUCCUUUUCAGCUACAACGCCUCGUUCUUCACCCAAUUCUGUGCGCUUUUCUGGCGUUCCUGGCUCACCGUAAUCCGCGAUCCGAAUCUUUUGUCCGUUCGAUUGAUGCAAAUUAUUGUGAGUUUGGAAGACAUGAACCUCAUUUUUCGGAUAAAACUUUUUAGAUAACCGCCCUCAUAACCGGAUUGGUGUUCUUCCAAACGCCCAUCUCGCCGGCCACAAUAAUUUCCGUCAAUGGAAUCAUGUUCAACCACAUUCGCAACAUGAACUUCAUGCUACAGUUUCCCAAUGUUCCGGUAAUCAUAGACUACAGUACUCGGCAACUACAGUAGCCCAAAAAAAUAGGUGAUCACCGCCGAGCUACCCAUAGUGCUUCGCGAGAACGCGAAUGGCGUCUACCGGACGAGCGCCUACUUUUUGGCCAAAAAUAUUGCAGAGGUAAAGGGAUAAAGAGUGCAUAAAAAAGAGAUUGCUUUAUCCAUAAAUCUAUCCAUAAAUCUAUCGAUAAACGUGCGUUUUCAGCUGCCCCAGUACAUAAUCCUUCCGAUUCUCUACAACACGAUCGUCUACUGGCUCUCGGGUCUUUUUCCGAACUUUUGGAAUUUCUGUUUCGCAUCGCUAGUCACUAUUUUGAUAACUAAUGUGGCGAUUUCCAUUUGUAACACUUACAAUAUCAUUUCAAAUUUUAAAAACGCUAAAAUACUUCCAGCCUACGCCGUAGCGACAAUAUUCGCGAAUACGGACGUCGCGAUGACGGUCCUGCCGAUCUUUGUGGUUCCGAUCAUGGCAUUCGGCGGCUUCUUCAUCACUUUCGACGCGAUUCCCCAAUAUUUCACGUGGCUUGCGUCGCUUUCCUAUUUCAAGCAAGUUUUGGGAAACCCACUUUUUCAACACUGUAUAUCUCGGCGGCCGGUAGAGAUAUCAAAAAGUUGUCAACUGAUAAAAUGUAGACAAUUUCUCAAUGAACAUUUUUGUAGUUGACAACUUUUUGACAUCUCCACACACGGCUGAGAUACAUGCGUUUGAAUGCACGCUAUUCUCAGUUUUGUAGGUACGGCUACGAGGCGCUGGCCAUCAAUGAAUGGGAGUCGAUCAAAGUGAUUCCAGAGUGUUUUAAUAGAUCCGUGACGGCUUUCGCACUGAAUGGAUGUCCGAAAAAUGGAUAUGAAGUGCUCGAAUCGGUAGGUUUUUCAUCUACAAAUAAAGUUGGUACAAACAAAAUCGAUUUUUCUUGCAGAUCGACUUCUCGGCUUCGCACAAAAUCCUCGACGUUUCCGUCCUUUUUCUAAUGUUCAUCGGUAUCCGCAUAAUUGCAUAUUUCGCUCUUCUCAUCCGUUCUUAUAACAAUACCUAA